AUGCCAGCCUUUCCUUACAAACUGCACACCCUCUUGGAGGAUGUCACUGCUGAUGAAGAACUCAGUACAAUCAUCUCAUGGUUGCCCGAUGGAAAAUCCUUUCGAAUUCACUCACAAGAAGAGUUUGAAAGACGUGUUCUGAAGGAUUACUUUCCGCGUCAAAAACAGGUCAAGUCAUUCAUGAGACAACUGCAGUAUUACGACUUUGAGAACUUUGGUGAUGGUUUGUUCUGUCAUCGAUGCUUCCGACGAGGUCAACGGAACUUGUGUGGUCAAAUUUUGCACCAGUUGCCAACCAAGUCUCAAAAGGUCGGUGGAGGGUCCACUCGUCCAUUGAAGCAGCGUGGCCGCAAAAAGAAGGGCCGAUCGUCUCAGUCGUUUGAGACGUCGCCAGAGCUUGACAUGGCGCCAUAUAUCGUGGCAUCCUCCUCACCAGAGCCGUCCCUGCCAGAUGAUGCAACUUCUACACGUGUAGUGUGCUCCUCGUCGUCUGUUUCGGCUGACGAACAGCAGCAGUCCCAAGAGCACCAAGGGCGUGAGCUACAACUGAACUCUCUUUCACCCACUUGUGUGAAUGAAGUUCCCAGUCCUCUCAAGAGAAGCGGUAGUAAUGUUGUUAAGGGGAACGCGCAAACCGAACAACUAUUCAACACGGUUCUGCCAAAUGUGUUUCCCCAACAAACAACUUCCUCCUACCUAACAACACGUCGUGGGGCCUUUGCUCAAUACGGGAUGCAAGCCAUGACUGCUGCACGAAGUAACUACAUGUCGUGUCUACAGCAAGAGAUUAUGAUUGGAUCCAUCUUGUCCAUUCAGAGACGUCUGUCAAUGGAACAGUACGAGACUACUAACUCUGGCGCAAUCAACAACUCCAGCGCCAGCACACGCACACAACCGUAA